CACACUGCGGGACGCUGGGAUUUGUAGUUUUUUGGGCUGCGUGGUGACGUCAGCGGAAGUUGUUGUGCCGCUCGUCAGCGAGGUCACAUUGCUUCAGUUUUGUAAUGUUUUGAGAAACACCGCUUCAAUGGAGUCAACAAACGCAGAGGAAAUCCAGCUCAGGCAUGUGGAGAAGGAUGUUUUGAUCCCGAAGAUGAUGAGGGAGAAAGCCAAGGAGCGCUGUGCGGAAAAGGUGGAAGCCUUUAACCACUGCUGUAAAGAAUCUGGCUUCUUCAUGGUGUUUAAAUGUCGCGAGGAAAACGCCGCCCUGAAGGAAUGCCUGACAGUACAUUACAAGGAUCCCAUAUUUUUUGAAGAGUGUAAGCGGGAGUACAUCCAGGAGAAAAUGGAGUUUGAGAGGACGGGGAUUCCAACCAAGAGCAGGAAACAGAAACUGCCUACCAGCAUGUAACGAAUUGGCUCGAUUGUAAAACAUCUUUCAAAGGUGCAAAACCACAGACGAUGUCCAGAACCUGCAUCGGGUCUUCCUCACCAAGGAAACGACGAUGACAGUCUGGAUGAGUUUAUUACUCACAGCUUCAAGCCUUCCUGCGUGUUUUUAUUUUUGAUUUUUUUCCAUCAGUGGAAUGAGUGACUGAAAAUGUGGUAAUAUCUAAAACAUGCACAUUUUUAUUGUCCAGUAUGAUUUUGGGAAACUUCAAUGCAGUUGUUUUGUGCACAAUAGUCUAAUUUAAACCAGGUUUUCAUCUCUUGACUCAUAUUUCCAGUCAGGGUUCAUACCAUCAUGAUACGGUCGCUUAUUGAAAGAUCUUCUGAGUCCCGCAGCGCUCAGGCUUCGCUGAUGGACGGAUCAGUUCCUGCUGAUCCCUUCGACCUGCUUAUUGCCCAUGCAACUUUAACAGAGGUGGCAACUCCGACAUGAGAGUUAAACAGACAUGUACAAUUCCCAUGAGAUGUAAGCAAGAGAGAAAUUCUGUGAUGAUGAAGUGAUGUUGUAAAUAUUAAAUUUCUCAAAAGCAGUAAACAUUGUGU